GCUCAAAGAUCAAUCUCAAAUUAAUUCUAAUUUCCUCUGCUGUUUUCAUACAAAUCCAUAAUCAUAUAUGCAUGGCUUCUUUACAAGCUUCUAAUUUUUUUCUAUCUUCUUCUUCAAACAAAAUCCAUGCCGCCAUUUCAGUCCCAAAGCUCCCGUUAAUCAGGUUGUCAGCUCCUAAAUUACAACCCAAGAUAACUGGAGAUGGAUUCAUCAAAACAAUCCCGAUCGACAGAAAGGUUAACGAGACACCAUUGCUGCAAGAAAGCUCAUCUCUUUCAAAUUCAAUGGCUACUUUACAACAACUUUAUGCUAUCUCGGAAGCGGUAGCUGAUAGAGUGGAGACGCAUCAAAACGUGGGAGAACAACGAGAUAACUGGAACACCCUUCUGCUUAACUCCAUCAACAUGAUGACUCUCACUGCGACCACCAUGGCUGGUGUUGCUUCUGCCACUGGCGGCGACGGUGGCUCUGGGGUGGGUUUAAAGUUGGCAUCUACUGUUCUGUUCUUAUCAGCCACUGGGAUGUUGGUGUUGAUGAACACGAUUCAACCUUCACAACUAGUCGAAGAGCAACGAAAUGCCACGAGAUUGUUUAAGCAGCUGGAAAACCAAAUAAAAACCCUAGUUGCUGUUGGAUCACCCACACAAGAAGAUGUGAACGACGCUAUGGAGAAAGUGUUGGCACUUGACAAAGCUUACCCUCUCCCUUUGCUCGGUGUAAUGCUUGAAAAAUUCCCGGAAACUUUUCAGCCAGCUGUUUGGUGGCCCAGAAACAAAUCAAAGCGUGGCAAUGGAGAAAUGAAGAGCAACAACAAUGGAUGGACCAAGGAAUUGGAAAUGGAAAUGAAGGAAGUUGUUGAGGUGAUAAAGAAAAAAGACGGUGAAGAUUACGAUAGAUUAGGCAACAAGGCAUUGAAGAUAAACAAAGUUCUAGCUAAAUCAGGACCAUUACUUACUGGAUUUGCAUCAGCCUUAAUGGUUUGCUCAAACAAUCCUUGGGCUGCAACAAUGGCAGCCGUCACAGGAGCUUUAGCUUCAACCGUUAACACGUUGGAGCACGGUGGACAAGUGGGUAUGGUGUUUGAGAUGUAUAGGAACAACGCCGGAUUCUUUAAGCUUGUGCAAGAAUUGAUUGAAUCAACGUUGGAUGAAUCUGACUUGGAGAGAAGAGAAAACGGGGAGUUGUUUGAAAUGAAGGUGGCAUUGCAACUGGGACGAAGCUUAUCGGAACUGAGGGACUUGGCUAAAAAAUCCAGAUAUUCUCGUGUAGAAGGAUCCCCCAUUGAUGAAUUUGCAAGCAAGUUGUUUUGAUC